AGAGAGCUCUUUAUAUCGAAAUAAGCUUGCCACUGAUGUCUCGUAUUAUUGUAAAGAAUCUACCUAAAUUCUUAACAGAGGAAAAGUUUCGUGAACACUUUGCAAAGAAAGGAGAAGUUACAGAUGUUAAACUCAUGAAAACAGCAAAAGGCACUUCUCGUCGUUUCGGUUUCAUUGGUUACAAGACAGAACAGGCAGCAGAAGCCGCUAUUCAAUACUUCAACAACACAUUUAUCAGUACAUCAAAAAUUACUGUAGAGAAAGCCAUUGCCUACAAAUCGGAGGCUUUACCUCGACCAUGGAGUAAAUAUUCAGAGGGAUCUAGUGCUCACGAAAAAGUAGUAGGAGGCUCAUCAAAAAAGAGAAAGGACGAGUUUGCAGUUGAGGAAACAGAUGCGUAUAAAGAGAAGCAACAGAAUCAGAAAGACAGAGAUGGAUUUGUCAACAAAUUAGAUGCUGAUAAAAAGGAUGCCAAAUUGAAGGAAUAUUUGGAUGUUAUGACUGCACGUUCAAAGAGUAAAACGUGGGCUAACGAUGAUUCAGCUCCUACGCAGCAACAAGAACAGCAGAAGGAAGAAGAGGAUACAUCAACGACUGUUAAUUAUGCUGCUUCAGAUGAUGAGCUCUACCAAGAUUUACCAGUAAAGGGGGUUAAAAAAGGGCAAGCUAACAAAUCAUCAGACAUAGAAGAAGACAAAGAAGAUGCAGACAAUGAAGAUGCAGUGAUGAAAGAUGAUGCAGAAACCGAAGAAACAGCCAAUACAACAAUUGAUACCAAUUUGGAGAAAACAGCCGAUCAUAACGAAGACGUUGACAUGGAAAUUGAUAAUGAUAAAGCUAAUGAUAAUACGAUGAAAUCAGCCGAUCCUAAAGAGCUUAUUGAAGACACAGGACGUUUGUUUGUUCGUAAUUUACCUUACGCUUGUACAGAACAAGACUUGCGGGACCUGUUUGGUCAAUAUGGUAGCUUAUCUGAAGUUCAUAUGCCUAUUGCGAAAGAUACCAAGAAACCCAAAGGUUACGCGUAUAUUUUAUAUUUAUUACCUGAACAUGCUGUCAAGGCUUACGAAGCUCUCGACAUGCAAACUUUCCAGGGCCGUUUGCUACAUAUUCUUCCUGCUCAAGAAAAACCACCAUCAAAAGAAGACGAUUUGGUUGGCCUUAACGGCACAAAAUUAAGUUCAGUCAAAAAGGAGAAAGAAAAGAAGCGUAGAAAUCUUGCAGGCAAUGAUUUCAAUUGGAACUCUCUUUAUAUGAGUGCUGAUGCUGUUGCAGAAUCAAUUGCUGACCGUUUAGGUGUUUCAAAGUCUGAGGUUCUAAAUGCUGAAUCCGAUAACAUGGCUGUCAGAUUAGCCUUAGCAGAAACACAGAUCAUUAAUGAAACCAAAGAGUUCUUUGAGAAGCACGGUAUCUUUCUUGGCAACUUUUCGAAAACCGAGCGAAGUGACACCACCAUCUUGGUUAAAAAUAUUCCCUAUGGCACAACUGAAGAAGACAUGAGAGAAUUGUUUGGUAAAUUUGGUGAAUUAGGGCGUGUAUUGAUCCCUCCAGCAAAAACAAUAGCAGUGGUAGAAUUUUUGGAACCUAGUGAAGCUCGAAGUGCGUUUAAAUCUUUAGCGUACAGACGUUAUAAAGAUUCCCUCAUUUAUUUAGAAAAGGCUCCAAGCGGAAUCUUCAGGGAUAAAUUUGUUCGCGACCCCAACGAGUCGAAAAAGAAGGAAGUCGAAGAAAAGAAACCUUCUAGCGCAGCCGACCUUCUUGAAGCUUCUUCGUCUGCUACUGUUGAUGACGGAGAUAGUGAUGCUAUAACCUCUGUCUUUGUUAAAAAUCUCAAUUUCAGUACUACCCCUGAAGCUCUCCGCAAUGCUUUUAAGGGUAUUGAGGGUUAUCGGGCAUCGCGUAUCAAUGUCAAAGCGGAUCCAAGGAAUCCUGGAAAGACCCUAAGUAUGGGCUUUGGCUUUGUAGAAUUCAACAAUAAGUCGAACGCUGAAAAAGCACUAAACGCUAUGCAGGGUUACAUACUAGAUGGACAUGCCUUGGAAAUGAAAUUAUCUCACCGUAAAGCUGAUACCAAAUCGAAAAAAUCGAAAACACCGGAUACCACAAAAUUGGUGGUACGUAAUGUACCAUUUGAAGCUACUAGUAGAGAUUUACGAGAACUAUUUAGCGCAUAUGGUCAACUGAAAUCCUUGCGUAUGCCAAAAAAGUUCAAUGGUGGUCAUCGUGGUUUCGCUUUCUUAGAAUUCUUAACCAAGCAAGAAGCCAAAAAUGUAUAUGAAAACAUGGGCAAUAUUCACUUGUACGGUCGUCAUUUGGUAUUAGAAUGGGCACAAGACGAUGAAAAUGUUGAUGCGCUCAGAGAAAAGACCGGCAAACACUAUUCUAAAGAAGAAAGUCUUGGUGGUCGCGUGAAUAAAAGACAAAAGGUUGACUUGGAUGCUAACGAUGAAAUGUUAGAGUAAAGAAAAGUUCAACUUCACAUUUUGUACAUAGUUCUAUUUUAUAAAUAAUAAAGAAGUUUACAAUCAACUUAUUGCAG